AUGAACUACAUCUACUCAACAGUCAACACCCUUCGGGACCGCUACACACCCGUCACCCACAAGUCCACCUUUCGCCAGACGGGUCAGAUCACACCCGAAGAGUUCGUCGCGGCCGGAGACUACCUCGUUUACAAGUUCCCGACCUGGUCUUGGGGCGAUGCCGACUCCCCCGAGCGCCGCGUCAGCUACCUUCCCCCAGGGAAGCAGUUCCUCGUUACCCGCAACGUGCCCUGCCACCGCCGUCUGAACGACGACUUUGCUGGCGACGCUGGCCAUGAGGAGGCUCUCGUCAACGAUGGCGAGGACUUCAAGGGAGGCGCGGGAGAUGAUGAAGAUGGAUGGCUGCGCACCGGCGGGCUCGCGAGCUCACAGCCUCUCAAGGUCAAGGAAGUGAGGACGGUAGACGACUCUGGAAAUGUCGGCGACCGAGAGGUUGUGGAGGAUGAUGAGAUUCCCGACAUGGAGGAUGAGGAUGACGACGAAGCUAUCAUCCGUGAUACCGGCGCCGACUCCAAGAGCAGCGGCCGUCGAACUUACACCCUGUACAUCAUGUACACCACCUACUACCGAACCCCCCGACUCUACCUCUCAGGCUACCUCCCCAACGGCCAGCCCCUCCCUCCCCACGACAUGAUGGAGGACAUCGUCGGCGAUUACAAGGACAAGACUGUCACACUCGAGGACUUUCCCUUUUUCGCAAACAACAUCAAGAUGGCGUCAGUGCAUCCCUGCAAGCACGCCUCGGUCAUGAAGACGCUGCUCGACCGUGCCGACGCCGCCCUACGACUGCGAAGGGAGAAGCUGCGCGCCGGCGCCAGUGCAUCCGCAACGUCCGGAAUGGAAGGUUUGGUGGAUGAGAUUGACAAGUUGGACGUCAAGGGCGCGCAGGAGGCGGCGGAUAAGGAUGAGUGGGAAGAGGUGCAGGAGGCAGAGAUUGAUGAUCACGAGGUUGCUAUCCGUGUGGAUCAGUAUCUGGUUGUCUUUCUCAAGGCAAGUCCCCAUGUAACACCUGGUAUCGAGCACGACUUCACUAUGGGAGUCUAA